CGUGUAGCGGAUAUACCCCGAAUCCGAGUGACAGGCAAAACGUCAAAGCUCUGAGCAAAUCGCACCGACUGCCACUGCGGUAAGAGCAACACAGUAUUUAUACACGCUCUGCCACCACAAAAGAAGUCAAACGUAUAACAGAAGUCUAACUAUAAAGACCGGCAGCUAAUAUAUAGUGCAAAGCGUAUUAUAACCGACAAAGUUAAUUGCGUUAAAAUUUUCAAAUUAUUUUAAAUAAUGGCAAGCAAAGGCAAAGUGGGAAUUAUUGGCAGUGGUCUUAUUGGACGUUCGUGGUCUAUGUUAUUCGCUUCCGUUGGCUACUCAGUGGUGCUAUACGAUAGUGUACCAACUCAAAUUGAAAAUGCUUUGAAGGAAACGGAAAAGGAGCUCAAAUCCUUGGAAGCUAAAGGCUUGCUACGUGGUAAACUAAAUGCCAGCCAGCAGUUCGCACUCAUGUCGGGCACAACUGAUAUUAAAGUAUUGGUGAAAGAUGCUAUAUUCAUACAAGAAUGCAUACCCGAACGCUUGGAUUGGAAACAGGCACUUUACAAGCAAUUGGAUGCAGUUGUUGAAGAGCAAACCAUACUCUCCAGCUCCACAAGUACUUUCCUGCCAUCGUUAUUCUCGAAAGACUUGAAACACCAGUCGAAUGUAAUAGUGUCACAUCCCGUCAAUCCACCAUACUAUGUGCCUCUGGUAGAGGUUGUACCCGCUCCUUGGACAAAACCAGAGGUAAUGAAAAAGACACGCGCCAUUAUGGAGGAAAUUGGUCAGAAGCCCGUCGUUUUGAGUCGUGAAAUCGAAGGUUUCGUACUGAAUCGCAUACAGUACGCUAUAUUGAAUGAGACUUGGCGUUUGGUCGACAGCGGCAUUGUCGACGUUAAGGAUGUGGAUAGUGUAAUGUCCGACGGUUUGGGUAUGCGUUAUGCUUUCUUGGGACCACUUGAGACGGCGCAUUUAAAUGCCGAGGGUAUGACCAAUUACUUCGAACGCUAUUCAAACACCAUGUAUGCAGUAAGUCAAACUAUGGGACCAACACCGAAAAUGGAAGGCCCAACAGCGGUGGAGAUCGCGAAACAAUUGGAAGUUAUGGUACCGUUAGACAAGUUGGCUGAACGACGCACCUAUCGUGAUAAUUGCUUAACACAGUUGAGCAUUUUGAAGAAAAAGCUGAAUGAAUAAAAUGUCGUGUUGAAAGUAUAUUAAUAUGAAUGAAAUGUAAAUAUAUCUGUUGAAUUUAUACGUUGUUUUAGUAACGUUGAUUACAUUUAUUUGAAUUAUAAACUCAUUUAACAACUUUUUUUUUUUAAAUUCAAUUGUAAUACAUACGUACAUAUGUUUAUAUAAAUCUAAUAUUGUAGCUUACAAAAAACGCUAUUCACUUAUCAUGUUUGUAUGUAUGGUAUUUGUUGUAUAUCAUGAGCUUUUUUUAAACAUUUAUUAUUCUUAAAAUGGGAGCUUCUUAAGGGAUAUACUAUGCUCCACGCUCUUAAUGAGACAUACAUAAAUCAUUUACUUAUGUUGCAUGUAAAUAAAUACUUAAAUGCUAGCGAAUGAACGUAA